UAAAAUAGAGAAGAAAAGGAGUUGUUUAAUUCACAUGAAUUCCAUGAAGAUGAUGGGCAAGGGAAUGAGGAUAGGUGUGUUGGCAUUGGUUUGGAUUUGUGUCUUAGGGGGGAGUUUGGUUCUUGCUAGAGAUUUAAAAAAUGAGGAUGAGAAGUUUUUUUGGAUGGGUAAGGGAGGCGGAUUUGGAAUAGGUGGAGGCAUGGGUAAGGGUGGUGGAGUUGGCGGUGUGUUUGGCAAAGGAGGUGGAGUUGGUAGUGGUGUUGGAGGAGGGUUUGGUAAGGGUGGAGGCAUAGGAGGUGGAUAUGGAAAGGGUGGAGGCUUUGGAGGUGGAUUUGGAAAAGGUGGCGGCAUUGGAAAAGUUGGUGGCUUUGGUAGCGGCAUUGGAGGUGGAUUUGGAAAAGGUGGUGGCUUUGGUAGCGGCAUUGGAGGUGGAUUUGGAAAGGGUGGCGGCUUUGGAGGAGGAUUUGGAAAAGGUGGUGGUAUUGGUAGCGGCAUUGGAGGUGGAUUUGGAAAAGGUGGUGGCAUUGGUAGUGGCUUUGGAGGAGGAUUUGGAAAGAGUGGUUGGAUUGGAGGAGGGAUAAGCAAAGGCGGAGGCAUUGGUGGAGGAGGAUAUACAAGGGGUGGAGAUUGUAUUAGCAAAGGUGGGAGCAUUGGUGGUGGCGUAGGCGAAGGAUUUGGUAAAGGUGGUGGCAUUGGCGGAGGAUUUGGUGGAGGAGGAUUCGCUAAAGGUUAUGGCAUUGGCAAAGGCGGUGGCAUUGGUGGAGGAUUCGGUAAAGGCGGUGGCAUUGGGGGAGGAGUUGGCGGAGGCUUUGGCAAAGUUGGUGGAUUUGGAGGUGGAAUAAUUGGUGGGCAUCACUAAAGUUAAUGUCUUCAGUUUGCAUGAACUCAAAACAUGCAGGACUUGCAUAUU